GCGUGAACUUGGCGCGAGACACUACCGUGUCUCUUGAUUGAUUGAUUAUUUAUUUAUUUUUUUAAAUGUUUGCCUAUGUAUAAGUCGGAAGAAAAAGUGACAAUAAACAUGAUAAGCAGAUAGCAAAACAAAUCGUAAAAUUAAAACGAUAAGUUUAUUCUAAGCUAUUCUAAGCUAUUCUAAGCUUAUUUAAGCUAUUAAAUCAUUUUUAAAUAAUUAUAUUCCAUUAUUACUUUAACGUGUAAUUUUUGCAUAAAAUCGUUCCUGCAGAAGUCUCGUCCAAAAUCGCGAAUUAUAAUACAAAAGAUAAAGUUUCUGAAAAAUGCAAUACUUCUUACUGAUGUUAUCGAUUUGCUCAAUAAAUGUGAACAUAAAUUUUGUGUGGACAAAGAUUAAUUUUACUCGUGUAAGUAAUCUUUUUUUAGAAUAAAUGUUUUAUGGAAAAUAUUGCGUACAUGUAAAACAAACAACACGUCAUACGUGUCGUAAAACAGUACAUAUUGUAUCAGUUGUGUGUAAAUAAUACCGAUACAUGAGUCACAUAUAAGGUGCAAUCAUGAUUAUCAAAUAAACGAUAUGCAAUAAUACAUAUACAUGGGAAAUCUGUAUCUUUACGAAACUAUCAUAAAUUAUGAGAAUGUAAAUAAUUUGCAUUUUUAAGUGUGCUAAUUAGUUUCGAAUAUGCGUGGUGGCUAACUCGAAGUUCAAGAACAGCGCAAAGUCGAACAUGUGCCAUGCGUGAUGCGAAGUAUACAUCGGACCACACGAAUACCCUUUUCUCAUUGGUCGCUGGAUCAAUGCGCGCGACUCCACGAGUUCCUAUGUUUGAAUAAACGGUUAAUGGCACUUGCAGUCCCUUGUAAUUCUCUCGUAAUUGCGUUCAAAGUCCCGUAACGUGGGUGUAUGGUCUUUUACCGACAUUCCAAUUCGCGAAACAUGAAACCGUUUAUUUUACGAUAUUUGUAUGUGAAAUGUCAUCGCUUAGCUCACUCGACUUCCCGACGACUUUUUCUGCAUAUUAUGUCAUCAGAGUGCUAAAUAUUAUUUCGUUAAUCCACUCCGCCAACUGUUUUCAAUACUGUAAUUCAUUACGGUUGAAAACGCGUCAAUAUGUUUUAUAUUGAUAUUAUUAUUUUAACCAGAUGGACGAUAUUUGUUAACAAAUGUUUUGAUAAAAAAUCCAAUAACUAAAAUAAACUAAUAAUUGAAUUACAUUUUUUUCAGCGAGUCUCCCGAGAGAUCACGUGAAAAGGUGCACGGCUCGUGAUUCCACGUCUGAUCCGGUAGCGUUGAUUUCGUUUGCGAUUCGCAACGCCUGCUACGGUCGAUAACGGUGCGGUGGAAACGCGUCGACGUUGCCGUAAUCACGCACACACGCUCACUGUACACGCGAUGAUGUCGCGUAGCAACACGUGAAUUCCAACACCAACGACGUAGGCUUGGCAACGUCGCGGCGGCGCGAAUUCCGCACUCAUCGAUGGAGGGUGUAUCUCUUGCACGAACCAGCUGACAUUCACCGAUAUAUCGAUGAUGAUAAUUCUAGCAACAUGAGAAUAUUUUGCGAGAUCUAGAUCUCGAGACUUCCGGUUCUCUUCGUGUAUACCAGUAAAAAAAAAGUUUGACCGAUUGCAAGAAUCGCGUCUUUGCCAUCAUUAUUAUCUGCAUACUGAAAUGUAAAAAAAAUCAGUGUCAUAACAUUAUAAGCUAGAAGUCCGGAAUUUCUUGAAAAGUGAAUUGCAACAUAUAUUAAAAAGCCAUUAACGAUUGUUCUGAUUUGCAAAAAUAACUUGAAAACUGUGAGAUUUUGUCUUCGAUUUGAUGUGACAAUGUGCAAAACUCUGCAAUAAUUUGAUAUAACGUCUGUAAAAAAAAUAUCCUGUCUAUUUUAAAACAUGUUUUUGCACGUGAAUAUUUCACGACGUCUACGUGUCUGGUCUGUUAUUGCGCGACGACGCGAUUCCGCCGUCUUUCAGCCCGCUCGACCCGCGGCGGUUCGGGCUUCGCCAACGCGUUGGUCUGGCAACGUCGCGGGCGGCAUAGAUUCCGCUCCGCAACCGCAACCGCACGUUUGCUGGGCCGCCAUGAUACCAAAGCCGUGCUGGCCGUGCAACGGUUUCUCCGCAGUGACGCGCAAGCCGCUGCCGACGACGCGACGUGACGAACAUUGGGUGAAUACAGCUGGCCGGCUGCGGGUGUUCCGUUACCGAUCCUGAGCACUUUUGUGUAUAUCCAUUAAUAGAAACCACCGGUUUGAUAAAAGAGCUGCCUUAGACGGCGGAUAGAUCAUCUCCGAUCGAUCCUAAUACGAUUUUCGAAGUUCAAGUUCUUCAGGAGAAAUCUCGUCGCGCUUUAACUACUCAAAACUCUGGAAGUUGAGAAAAUCCCUGUCGAUUCCGAGAUCGCGAGAGAGGAUUCAAUUGUUUCACCGUAACGUGCGCGAUUAAAUCGAAACAAAAAGUCAACCGAGCAAACAACCGAGGAAGACCGAGCAGAAAGUUGAGGGAAGAAAGAAAAUCUUGAAGACUUUAUGAGCAUGUUCGACACGGAAAGGUUCAUCGAGGAGAUAGAGAGGCGGCCGGCAAUCUACGAUGUGAAUCGCGGCGAGUACAACGACCGUAACGCCAAGAUGACCGCGUGGGACGAGGUCUGCCAGGUGAUGGUACCGAAUUGGGCGCGCUUGACGGACGAGGAGAGAAAUGUGGAAGAGAAAAAUUUGCGUGGGAAGUGGAGAAAUAUAAGAGACUAUUUUAUGAAAGAACUAAAACUCCAAAAAUCGCACAAAUCCGGCCCGGCGGGACGAAAACGGAAGAAGUACAUGUACUUCGAUCGAUUGUUGUUUCUCAUGCCAACGGUGGAGAACAGAAGUUCUGGAACGCUGAAUCUUUGCAAAUCGGAGGAGAGCGAGGGUGAAGUGGACAAUCCCGUAAUCGAGGAAUACGAUGUACCUCUUGCCCAUGGCGGCGCUUCUAUAACGGGUAGCAGGGAGUAUUUUCAGGCAGGUACUCCCUCCUACAAAGUGUGUCCACGUUAUUCAAAACAAAUCUGCGAGACAUCUUUCGCAACCUUCGACAACGAGAUACACGACAUCCUUUCUUCGCACAGCAGCCAACGCGUUACCCUCGACGAGGACGAUUACGACAAAAUGUUCCUUUUGUCAUUACUGCCGAUUAUCAGGCAAGUGCCGGAAGAAAAGAAGCUAGAUGUCAGAAUACAGAUGCAACAAGUCCUAGCUAUGGCGCUUCGACCGUCCGAUAAUAAGUAAGUCAGUUUAACGCGUUUCUCGGGGAUCAAUAUGUGUCGGGUGGAGAAAGAUUUUAAAAUUAUAUCUUUACAGUGACUUAUUUAUAUUCUAUUUUGGUCCGUCCCGUUUAAUAUUUUAUCCGAUACAUUCUGGAAGAUCUGCUUAGAUUUUUUUAAUUAUUGCAGUAAAAUAAAAUAUAAUGUCGUUACACAGAUUCUGAUUCUAAUAAAUAUUUAAAGAUGUUUUCAUCUAGAUUGUAUAUUAAUAUUUUUACCAGUAUAAGUAUGUGUUCGGCAAAAGUACUUUGAUAUAUUUAAAAUCUUGUCUAUAUUGUAGAUAUAGAUACCUGAUUGUUAUAACCUAGCAAGCAAAAUAUUAAUAGUAUAAUAGCAGUUUAACAGCAAAUUUUUGGUAAGAUGCGCGGUGACCUGCGACUGGAACUGCAACUAUCCGAAUUGCAACACAAAAUGUACUCAGACAGCGAGCGCCAUCAAACGACAGUGCACCAUCAACUUCAUUUUUGCUAUUCAACGUCGAUAAUGUUAUUAUCUGCUGCUUCGCCAGUUGCAAUUUGAUAACUUGAAGCGUUGAUCGCUGUUGUUAGAUGGCGCAUAUAGUCUUUUAGUAUGGCGAUUGUAAAGUGUAAAAUAAAAUGUAUAAUGUAACGUAUAAUUUUUCAAGAAUCAACAACGACGAAAAAGGCUAUGAGAAUUAGAAUCGCGGACACUGGAGCGCAAAAAAUGUUAUAGAUUAAUAUGCGGAAAAAUCACAAAUACAAAUACGCACUGUGAACUGAUGUAUCGUGCCAGACGGCGCUGUGUUUGAUCAUUAUUGAUGAGUUUGUUUUUUGUUAUUUUGAUUUAUUAAUUUUUAUCAUCUUUAUAUCUUAAUCAUUUUAAUAUUUUAUCCAUAUUUAUAUUUCAAUUAUCUUCAUAUAAGUUUUUAAUAUUUUCCAUGCGUAUCUGUUUGUCGAACUGAAGCUGGCUUGAAACUGUAACCGAAACAUAUUUGUGAUUUUAUAAUCUUUGCACGCAGGCUUUUUUUGUCGUUGUAAAAUAAAACACUUCCACAAUUUCUAUCAGCAUUUUGUAAUCUGUCGUUGUGUUACAUUUGCAAACUAUGUCAGAUUUUAACUGCAAAUCCUGUAUUUGUCAUAUUUCAUUAAAUAUAAUAAAUACUGUAAAUUCUAUUGCUCUUUAGCUGAUGAAGUUUGCUGCAAAUAUUUUGCAAUAUUUAUUUUCGAUAAACUUUAUUAUCUGGGAGGAUGUGAUGAAAUUUUAAGUUAUCGAGUAAUCUACCGAGAAUACGAGUUACAUCUGAAUAUUGAGUAUAAGAUGCAAUUGAAAAAAUAUUAUAAAAUGCACAACAAAUAGAUUUUGUACUUCUUAAGGUAAACGUAAUGUAAAUACUGCGUCUGUGAUAUUACGUUCUACCCGACAAUCGAAGAGAUAAAGACAUAUAUGUUGUGUAUGACGCAAUCAUGUCACGAUAUGAUUUAAAAAAAAAUAUAUAUAUAUAAUACAUA